CCCCUCGAUAAUUUUCCAGCAGCUGUCAUCGUUUUCAUUUGCGACUUUUUUGCGGAGAGUGCGUUUUUUCGGAGGAGCAGACUAGCGUACUGGACUGGGAAACGAAAGGCAGGAAAGGAAGUAGCGUUUGGAAAUCAUUCCCAAUUCGAGCAAACGUAGUGAGCAACUAGAAGAAUUCAGCGGCAAACCAUGCCUUCGGCUGUGACCACCACGAUUACCACCACCACCAUCACCAGCAACAACAACAAUAGCAAGGAGAAACGCGCCUCUGUCAGCUCCAUUGGUGCUGGUACGGGAAACGGCGGAGGUAGCGUUGGAGGAUUCACGGUAGGAGCAGGCGGAGCUGGAUGUGGAAACGUUGCUACCACCAAUGGCCAGCACACAAGCAGCAGCAGUAGCGGCGGCAAUCUAGCGGCUGCAGCGGUUCAGCCGGCUGACUCGGAUUUGGCCAACAACAAUGCUAGCAACGGAAACACCAGCAAAACCCUAAAAACUGGUGUAUCCGCCGCCCUUGUCGCUUCGGAGCCCUACAAUCCGCUAAAGCAAAUGCUGGUCAUCAUCGAGCACAAAAUCCGAAAUCUGGAGAAGCGUAAGACAAAACUGGAGUCAUAUCGCGCCAUACAGAGCAGCGGCAAGGAACUGAGCGCUGACCAGGCUUCGGCCGUGGCUAAGUAUGAUGCGGUCCUGGCUAAUCUGGAGUUUGCUCGAGACUUGGCCAAGCAGAUGCAACAGCAGUCUAAGGAGGCGGAAAAGGAGCAAAAGAAACAGGCCCGCAAGGACAACCAGGCAAAGAUUCUCGCUGAGACGGCCAAGAUUCGGGAGGUUCUAGUCAUCCAGAAUGUGCUCAAUUGCUUCAACGAUGAACAAGUGCGCAAUGAUUUCGUUAGCGGCGAGAACGGAGCUGUAAAGCUGGAGACAUCCGAAUUGGACAUCCUGGAGAAAUUUUGCUUGGAGUCUCAAACUCGUCGCCCGGAGACCCUUGACGAUGUCAGCUUUAUCUCGACUGCCCAGAAAUCCGCUGAAUUGUUCGCGUCGACAAUAAACGCCCGACCGAAGCCAUACGGAGACACUUCCUUUGAGAAGCUGCGAGCCCUUUUCCAGCAAAUCCAGGACUGCGGUUACUUGGACAAGUACUACCAGGUGCCCAGUGAGAAUGCUGCGGCCAACAGCACGGAUAGCGGAACUGGAAGCGGAGAAGGCGAUGCCGGAGAAUUGCUGAAUGAUAGAUCCGGUGAGCUGGAGACGGAACUGACUUCGGAGCCAUCUGCUCGCAAUUCGCUGGAAGAGGGCCUGGAUAAGCUGCAUUUGGGCGGACAGCCGGAACUGGAGCCGCAUAUUCAGCCACCGCUGGAGCGUCCAGCCCAUCUUUUGAUCGAGCCGCAGCACCAACGUGGUCCUCCUUUGGAGCAGCUACACCAACAGCAGGGCUUGGUAGUUCAGCAGCCACAACAGCCGCCGCAGGUUUACCAGGCAGCUCCUCAAGCCGGCGGUACUACCACCCCAGUGCAUGUACUAUAUGCUCCUGCACCGCCACCCCAACAACCACCGCACCCUCAUCAGCUUCUGAGCAGUCCCGUAAAUCUCCAAGCGUUGCAACCAGGAGCUGCUGCGCCCCACCCUCCGCAGCAACAACAGCAGCAGCCGCCGCAUCCGCAACACUUCGCUCCCAGUGUGAGGUCCGUGGAGCAAAAUUACUUUAAGCAACCGCCGCCGCAUCCACAGGCACCGGGCUUGCAGGCACCACCAACGCCGCAACAGCAGCAGCAGUUCAUGCAGCAACUGCGUCCUUUAGCGGAGGUGUUGGGCACGGGAAGCUUCCACUUUCUGCAGGACAGCGAACUGGACACUCCCGAAGUUCUGGCCCCACCGCCGGCUGCGAAUGCUGGAUUGGUAUUUGAAGCUCAGCCACAGCAGCAACCGAAUCAUGUCGAGGAACCACCACAGGCCAUACAAUCGCUGACCUUCACCAAUCAAUCGUUUCCCUCGCAGCAACAACAGCCGCAACCCAAACAGCAACAACAGGCACCUCCCCAGCAGCAGCAACUAUUCUCCCCAGUUCUCAUUCACGAACAACGCCAGCAACAGCAGCAGCAACAACAGCAGCAGCCGAUGUUGAUUAUUCAGCAACCUGUUCCCCUGGGAAUCGGCAUGCAACCGGGCGAUGUUACUUGUGUGUUUCCCUACGAAAAUGCAUUGGAACAGCACCUGAAGCAGCAGCAGCAACAACAACAGCAUCUAAAACAGCAGCAGCAACAACAACCGCAGCCGCAGCUGGAUGAUCCGUCGGCCGUAAAUGCCGCUUCCACUAUUGGAGCUGGUGGCGAUGUGGUGGAGAACAACGAGUGGAAUUCGCGUAAUAACGACACCAAUGUUGCAGCCACAGCUGCUCUGACCAACGUACUGAAGGGGGAAGCUACACCCACCGCCCUUCCAACCAAGUGGAGCUCUGAGAUGAACGCCUUGAGUAGUGCUGCAUCUAACGGCAGCAGCAGUAACACCAGUCACAAGCAGGAUUGGGCCACACCACGGGAUAAUAGCGCUGGAGGCGGAGGCGGAAGCGGAAAUGGCGGUUAUGCUGACAACGAGGGCAACAAUCACUGGAACUCGCAGGGCGAGGGUCGCCGUAAUUCUGGGAAUUACCAGCGGCGCAGCGGUGGAAACGGAGGAGAUCGCGAUCGGGAGAGGGACAACAGGGAUCGUGACCAGGGCGGACGUGGCGAUGAACGCCGCAACGGUAACUAUCGUUCCCGUCAGUACGGUAACUCGUCGAAUCAGAACGGCCGGAACUCUGGUAACAGUGGGGUCUACUUCCGCAACAACGAGUCCGGAAACGGAGGUGGCAACAGCUACUACCAGAACGGAGGCGGCGGCGGUGGAUCGUACAACAAGGAGUCGCGCUACGAGUCAUCGGGAGGCGGUAGCUAUCGUAACCAGCGUGGUGGUAACCAGCAACGCAACGGCAACGGCUCCUUCGGCAGACCGAUGGGCGAUCGUGGACGUGGUGGAGCGGGAAACCAGGGCGGUGGCGGCUACAUAAACCAGCGCCAGAAUCAGUCCCAACGCAUGCCCCUCGGAUUGGAGAACAAAAAUUGAGAAAAUUAGAAACUGAGCAAACAAUACGUAUUAACAGCAAACAAAAAACAUAAAAAUCUUCAUGCAACCCAUACACACAACCCAACCCAUAUUAAGAAAAUGCAAAACACCAAACAAAUCCAAUCAUCCACAUGCAAGUAAUGGCCACGUAGACGUACAAUUAUCGUUACGUUUAACUCUCAACGGAACUCUUAUCAAAAGAAUCCUUAAACUGUCGCUAGGGAAAAGAAAAGGAAGCAGCAGCAGCAUACCGAUUCGCAUGCAUUUUUGAAUACAAUUAUUUAAAUAAUUAUUUCCCUCGAUUAUAUGGUUUAUUUGAUAAUGUAUUAAUAAUAAAACAAAAUAGUUGUUAGAAACAUAAACAAAAAAACAAGAAAAUUACAACUAUAUACAGGAAACUGAA